CCGCUGAGCCUCCUGGGAAGUGUGGUUUUCCGGAAGGCAACCCUGCGACUCACCGGCAACUUUUCUCCGUGGAGCGGAGGAGUCUGAGAAGUGCCGUCCGGCCCGGGGCUCCGCCUGGGGCUGCCUGGCGUUUGUCUCCGACCCAGCAUUGGUGUUCUCGGUCCUGGAAUCGCGGAGGACUCUGGGCACCGCAGUUCCGGCGAGGCAAGCGGCCUUUGUUCGCUACAGCUACACGGUGCGUCAGGCACUGCCCUUCUAUAAGAAGAGAACCUGGAAAGAGGACUGUGUCGACUACUGGAAAUUGCAGAGUCAUGUUUCAGGUGACAUUUAGUGAUGUGGCCAUAGACUUCUCUCACGAAGAGUGGAGAUGGCUCAGUUCUACUCAGAGGAGUUUAUACAAAGAUGUGAUGGUCCAGAAUUAUGAGAACCUGGUAUCCCUAGCAGGUCUUUCCAUACCUAAGCCAUAUGUGAUUGCUUUAUUGGAGGAUGGCAAAGAACCUUGGAUGGUGGAGGAAAAGCUGUCAAAAGAUAUGUUUCCAGAUUGUAAAUCAAGAUGGGAAAACAAAGAAUUAUCAAUGAAGGAGGAUAUUUAUGAUGAAGAUUUACCCCAAAUGGUAAUAAAGGAAAAAACUAUACAACAGAAUCUUGAAUUUUCAAAUUUUAACAAGGACUUGUAUUAUAUCAAGAAGUUGGAGGGGAAGUAUGAAAAUCAAGUAGAGAAUUUCAGACCAGUUACCCUCACCUUAAGAGAAAGUCCUACUGGGGAAAGUGUUUACAAAUUUAAUGCGUUUAAAAGCAUCUUCCAUUUAAAGUCUGUUUUUUCUGAACCACAGAGAAUUUCUGCUGAAGAGAAGUCACAUAAAUGUGAUAUACUUAAGAAGAGCUUACCACCAAAUUCAGUUAUAAAAAAUGAGAAUAUCAAUGAUGGAAAGAAACUUUUGAAUUCUAAUGAAAGUGUAGCAGCCUUCAGCCAAAGCAAAUCUCUUACCCUUCAUCAGACUUUGAAUAGAGAGAAAAUCUAUACAUGCAGUGAAUGUGGGAAAGCCUUUGGCAAACAAUCAAUCCUUAAUCGGCAUUGGAGAAUUCAUACAGGAGAGAAACCCUAUGAAUGUCAUGAAUGUGGGAAGACUUUUAGCCAUGGCUCAUCCCUUACUCGACAUCAAAUAAGCCACAGUGGAGAGAAACCUUACAAAUGUAUUGAAUGUGGGAAAGCCUUUAGCCAUGUCUCAUCACUUACUAAUCAUCAAAGCACUCACACUGGAGAGAAACCAUAUGAAUGUAUGAACUGUGGAAAGGCGUUUAGUCGUGUUUCACAUCUCAUUGAACAUCUGAGAAUUCAUACUCAAGAAAAACUAUAUGAAUGUCGAAUAUGUGGGAAGGCAUUCAUUCACAGGUCAUCUCUCAUUCACCAUCAGAAAAUUCAUACUGGAGAGAAACCUUAUGAAUGUAGAGAAUGUGGAAAAGCCUUUUGCUGUAGCUCACACCUUACUCGACAUCAAAGAAUUCAUGCUAUUGAGAAACAAUUUGAAUGUAACAAAUGUCUGAAAGUCUUUAGCAGCCUCUCAUUUCUUAUUCAGCAUCAGAGUAUUCAUACUGAAGAAAAGCCCUUUGAAUGUCAAAAAUGUGGGAAAUCCUUCAACCAACCCGAAUCACUGAAUAUGCAUUUGAGAAACCACACUAGAUUGAAACCUUAUGAAUGCAGUAUAUGUGGGAAAGCCUUCAGUCACAGGUCAUCUCUGUUUCAACAUCACAGAAUUCAUACUGGAGAGAAACCCUAUGAAUGCAUUAAAUGUGGAAAGACCUUCAGCUGUAGUUCAAACCUUACUGUACAUCAGAGAAUUCAUACUGGAGAAAAGCCAUAUAAAUGUAAUGAAUGUGGGAAGGCAUUUAGCAAAGGCUCAAAUCUUACUGCCCAUCAGCGAGUACAUAAUGGAGAGAAACCCAGUAGUACAAUAAGUAUGGAAAAGUCUUUAGGCCAUGUGAAUCACUAUGUGUAUGAAAGAUCACAUAAUAGAGAAACUGCAUAAAGGCAGUGUUCAUAUACUAUACUGUAGCUGUAGAUCUUCCCAGAUUCAAGAUCAGAAAAUCUAUACUGGAGAAAAUUCUUAAGAAUGUAAUGAAUAUGGGAAAGUCUCUAGCAAUGAUAUAAGCCUUAUUGUUUAUCACAAUUCACACUGUAGAGAGACUAUGAAGGCAAUAAGUGUGGGAAAGACUUUAGCCAGCAUUAAUCCCUUAGUUGACAUAAGUAAAUCCACACUGGAGAAAAACCCUUUACAUGUAACAAGUUGGGAAAGACAUUAGGCAAACAUGAAUCUCUUAAGAAACAUUACACACAUACAGGAGAGAAGCAAUAUGAAUAUAGAAAUUGUGGGAAGUCCUUCAAUUAAAAUACAUCAUUCUCUACAUUAGAGAACUCACACUGAAGAGAAAGUUUAUGUAAACAAUAUAGCAAAGUGUUCACUAAGCUUGCAGGCAUCAGAAGAUUAAUGCUAGAACCACCUGAAGGAUGUAGGAAGUAUGUGUAAGUCUUUCUUUGCAAUGAUGCUAAUUUGUAAACAGUUCUACAGGAGAGCAAACAAGCAUAAAUCAACAUGCAUAUCAUAAAGUAGCAGCAUGCAUUUUACUCCAGGUCCUACAUAAAAAUUAGCUAAUGGGCAUGUGAAGAUAGUCACUCAGUGAAUCCAAUAAAUGUAAUAAAUGAAAGUUGCAAUAGAAGUAAAAAGUGGUAAGAAUAAAAUUUUUCAUCUCUAA